AAAAUGGCGGACGAUCCCAGCAACGAGGAUUCCUGGCUCUACGGAGAUUCCAACCCUGAACCUCCGGAAAAUGAAGAUCAGGUCGUAGAAAAUGGAACCCCAGUCAAAGAUGAAGCUCCAAGCAACUCACCUGCCGUAGAAACUCCGGCAGAAACGGAUGGAGAUGUUCCUGUAGCUCCAGAACCGGACGCUAACGGAGCAGAUGGAAGGGCAACCCCUACUGAGGACGAGGCCAUGGACUUGGUUGGAGAAACGGGUGAAGCGGUUGCCACUGAAGAGGGCGAAACCGAUGACAAAGAAGCUGGCAAAGAUGAUGGAGAGGAGGAUGAGGACGAUGACGAUGACAGCGACGACGACGUCCAAGUCACGAUUGGUGACAUCAAAACCUCCACCACUUAUGCCUCAUCCAUGAACAUGAAACGUGGGCCUUCGGACAAGGCUAAACAACAACAGGGGAAAUUUUCAAUUGAUGAAUUUGAAGCUGUUGGUACCAUAAAUGGUGUACCUGCUCAUGAGUACAACUUGGAUUCUAUGGAAGACAAGCCAUGGCGAAUGCCUGGUGCUGACAUCACAGAUUACUUUAACUACGGCUUCAAUGAGGACACUUGGAGAGCAUAUUGUGAAAAGCAGAAGAGGCUGAGAAUCAACGAGUCUGGCGUCGGACUGGCCGGCAUCGGAGCUACCACCACUGUGUCUAGUAACAGUGUUGUGAAGACCCUGACUGGCAGCAUUCCAGUGUCUAUUGUAAAUGAAAAUUCCAAGUACGCCAGUAAUUUGGCUCUGAAACGAGCUGGUCCUCCCCCUGGAAGAAAAGGUGGCGGCUCCAUUGAUGUUAUUGGCGGAGAAAGAGAAGGACAAAUCACUGUAAUGGGAAGUGAACGGCCAGAUUUCUCAGGAUCUUAUCCAAAUUUGAAUGUUCCUCCACCUGGAUUUGGAGGCCCUCCUCCUUUUGGAGGUGGAAAUUAUGGAGGCGGCGGAGGAGGUGGCGGCGGUGGUGGAGACUUUUAUCCUCCUGAGGCUGAUCCGUAUUACAACAAUUACGAACCCACUCAAGAGCACCAAUGGAACAAUCAGAAUACAUUUCAGCCUCGUUGGGAAAACAGGGGCUCGGCAACCAAUGUGGUUGUUCCACUGGGCCCUCAAGAUGAAGCCAGCAGGCACAGUAGAGACUCUGCUGGGGAUAAGGAAGAAGGAGAAAAGUCAGAAAGGCGUAGCUCUAGACACAAACAUAGAUCUCGAUCAAGAUCUGCAGAACGCACCAGAAGCAGCAAGAAGAGGCACAAGAGCAGAUCUCGCAGCCCGUCACAGAGGCACAGAAGCAAGAAGAAGAGUAGGCGCAGUGAGAGGGAGGAUGAAUAAUAAUUUAAGGCCGCUUCACUUAUAAAUUAAAUAAAAAA